AUGGAACUUGUAGUAUCACAAGUUCUCGAGUGUGAAGUAGUGAAUCAUAGUAAUGAUAUAUUGGAACAAUCAGAUAAUUUAAAGUUUCCGGACGAGGCAAUUCACAAUUCGCUACAACGGGCAACAAGAGGAAAGGCUAAACAACCGAUAAAUGCAUAUCGCCACGUAAACGAGCGCAAACAAUACAUAAUAUUAUGUUAUGGAGUUGUGGUU